GGGCAGGUCAACAUGACCAUGAAAAGUCUUUCAGACUUAAACGACGAGAAGGCCGUGACCUUGAUUCCGGCCAUGGCGUUUUUCGGACUCCUCAUGGUCGUCGGCAUGGUCGGCAACUCCCUGGUUGUGUACAUAUUCUGCGCGAAGCUGAGAUCGGGCACACAGAACAUGCUCAUCGUUGCGCUGGCCAUCUUCGACCUGAUGACGUGCGCGAUCACCAUUCCCAGUGACAUCGUUGACCUGAGGUUCUUCUUCACGUAUCAGUCGCAGGCAGCCUGCAAGACAAUGAGGUAUGUCUGUUGA